AUGAAGUACUUCACCGAAUUACGUUACUAUGACUACAAGUUUUUACUACACUAUCCUGGACACGCGUUCAAAUGGACAAUAUCAGGAAUACUUAUAGUGGUAUUAUUCUUUAGUGCAGCAGAAGGAAUCCUUACUGAUUUGUCAAGAAAUGACGUCACCAACCUAUACUUGUAUAUUCCACAAAUGUUGUCUUUAUUGGGACUGAUCAUAAGUCUAAUGUAUUACCAUCAUAUGGAGUACUGGGAUCGACCUCAUCUUGCCUGGUUGUUGUUACUUUACUGGAUCAUGGCUAUUAUUGGAGAAGUAUUAGCAAUAUUUAGAGUGUCACAGUCGAUUGGUUUUAAUUACAGUAUAUUGCGAUUAGAUGUUGGAAUUAUUACUACUAUUCUAUAUUGCUGUUGUGCAGCAGUUGAAAUUAAUGUGCUUCAUAAAAAGAUUGUUUGCCCAUUCUCAGAAGAAAAAAUAUUUCCGAAGGAUUUCGUGGAAACGAAUUUAUAUUACAUGCAGUCAUAUGUAAACAUUCUAUCAAAUGCAACUAUAUGGUGGUUAAACUGGUUAGUGUCUCUAUCGCGCCGACAAACAAUUGUGUUGGACGACCUGGGAUGCUUGCCUGGAGAGUUUGAAGGAAAACGUAUGAUAGAAGCAUUUAACAAAGUUUACAGAUAUGAACAGCAAAAUUGUGGCAAACGGGUACCUUCACUUUGGAAGGUAUACUGGCGCACUCACUAUACCAUGAUAAUAAGAGUAUGUGUGUUACGAUUUAUUCAUUCUGCACUAACGUUUGUCGGUCCAGCUUGUCUUGGCAAAAUAGUGAUGUAUGCUACAGAAUACUACGCUAAUGAUAUCAAGAUAUAUAGUUCUCCUUUUGUUACGGUUGACGAAUUUUUCUCGAAUGGUUUUAUUCUUGUUCUUUUGAUCUUCACUAUUCUCGUGAUAAGAAACACUCUUUACGUAUACCUGUAUGGUAUAUCUACGAUUAUUGGCCUGCAACUGAAAACAGCACUUCAGAAUCUGGUUUACGAGAAAACUCUACGAUUACCACUGCAGUCAACAGACGAUACAACUGUCGGAAAAACUAUUAAUCACAUGUCUGUUGAUGUAACUGUAAUACAAUUUUUUUUUACAUUAUUUCUUGGUUUUGUGUUGGCAAAUCCGCUUCAUAUCUUGAUCGUGUCAAUUUGGCUACUUUAUUUAAUGGGAAUAGCAGGGGUUGUUGGUAUUUGUGUUUUACUUUUGAUAAUGCCACUUGCAUUGAAAACAGCCCGGAUGCAACACAAAUUACAGCAUGUUAACAUGCAUCAUUCUGACAUUCGUGUGAAAAAAACGAAUGAGUUAUUGCAGGGCAUUAAGUUGCUGAAGCUAAGUGGAUGGGAGGAACUGUUCGCUUCUAACAUUACAAAUACGCGGAGUGAAGAAAUGAAGCUUACAUCAAAAGUAGCCAUGUACUUUCUUCUCUCUGGGUUAUUGUCGCAGGCAUUACCGUGGAUUAUAGCAUUGACAAUGUUUGCUGUAUACUCGCAACUCGACACAGAACCUCUAACACCAGACGUAGUUUUUACGACACUUGUUCUGAUAAACUUCCUAAGUCAACCACUCUUUGUUAUGCCAUCGUUUGCUAAAUACACAAUUGAUAUGGUGGCUGCUACCAAGAGGCUUGCACAUUUUUUAUCAGUGGAUGAAAUUGAAGGAAAUGCCGAGCAUAGGUCUAUAGUGGACGGUAGAAUGGAUAGCGGUUGCCUUCAUGAACUAACAGAGGAAUAUGAAAUGAAUACAAUUGAAAUGAAGCCAACCACUCCAUUAGUGCAACGUGUACAGCGGCACAAUUAUCAGACAACACAUGAAAUCAAUCAACUGCCAAUCACUGCUACUGCUGGACAUAUAGAAACAGAUGUUGCAAUAGAAAUAGUUAAUGGAUAUUUCUCAUGGGGGAGAAGUACUUAUGAAGCUGUUUUGAAUAAUAUUAAUGUCAAAAUUAAAACAGGAACAUUGACGAUUGUGGUUGGAAAAAUUGGUACUGGUAAAUCAUCUCUAGUGUCUGCAAUUCUUGGGGAAAUGAAUACAAUAUCAGGAAGUGUAACCUUUAAUGGGAGAGAUAAUCGAAUAGCAUAUGUUGCCCAGAAGGCUUGGUUGCAGAAUGCGUCACUGCGAGACAAUAUAUUAUUUGGAGAGACGUAUGUUCGAGAGAGAUACAACACUGUACUUCAGGUAUGUGCAUUGAAUGCAGAUUUACGUAGUUUGCCUGGAGGAGAUAUGACAGAAAUCGGUGAGAGAGGUAUCAAUAUGAGUGGGGGUCAGAAACACAGAAUCUGUUUGGCGAGAGCUUUGUACAGCAAUACAGAUGUAGUCAUAUUGGAUGACCCUUUAUCAGCAUUAGAUGUACACGUAAGUACACAUAUAAUGGAGAAUGCAAUAUUAGGAUACCUUCGUGAGCAACAGCGUACAGUUAUACUUGUAACUCAUCAGAUUCAACAUCUAGAACAUGCUAAUCAGGUUUUGGUUAUGGAAAAUGGUCAAAUAAUAAAGAAAGGGGAUUUACGUGAAAUACGAAGUCACAACAUUGAAAUGUACAGACAAUGGAAAGAAUUGAUUUCAACUAUUUCUGAAUCAGAAAAUGAAAACGAGAAUGAACUGGUGACAAAAAAAGAUCUAGGUUUAUAUUCCGGGACUUUUAAAGCACCCAAACCAUCCACUCUUGUUGAAGAUGAAAGCUCACCAGUUGGUGUUGGAUGGUAUAUGGUCUAUUUGUAUCUCCGGGCUCUGAAAUUACCACGUGUAGGCGUUCUUGUGCUUGUGAUACUUCUGACAAUUGUCACUUACGUAUUUCUUAAUAUGUGGAUAUCCAACUGGUCGCAAGCUGGCCAGGACAGCCUCAAUGAGACCAAGUCAUUUUGUGAUAAUCUAAGUGUAUUAUUGGGUGCUAUUACAGUACUUGCUGGGACAUAUGCACUAAAUGCUAUUAUAUCACCCUAUUUCAUUCUUCUAAUGAUACCGGUUGCAGUGAUAUCAGUAGGGACAAACAUGCUAAAUUUGAUAUUGAUAUUUAUAAUCGAUGUGUUAAGCUUCUUCAAUGGUAUUGAACGCGUUUUAGAGUAUGCCAACAUGACUCCGGAAGAACUAGAAGGUACUGUUUCUCCGCCUAAUAAUUGGCCAAGCAGAGGAUCCAUCAAUAUACAGAAUAUUACGGCACGUUAUGCUAUUGGUUUGGACCCAGUGUUAACAAAUGUGAGCGUCAAGAUCAGACCUGGAGAAAAGGUUGGAAUAUGUGGUCGAACUGGUAGUGGAAAAUCGUCCCUGACUCUCACAUUAUUAAGGAUGAUAGAUAUCAUUGAAGGCCGUAUUAUAAUUGAUGGUAUCGAUAUAUCAAAAAUUUCUGUAUUGACACUUCGUCGUAGAAUGUCUAUUAUUCCACAGGAUCCUGUUCUCUUCUGUGGUACUCUACGGUUUAAUUUAGAUCCUGAAGAAAAGUACGGGGACCAGGAUUUAUGGAAUGCUCUUGAAAUCGCACAAUUGAAAGACUGUGUGCUUGAAAUGGAUGAACAAUUAGAUACAAUUGUUACUGACGGAGGGGACAACAUAAGCACUGGACAGAGACAAUUAAUUUGCCUGGCGAGGGCUUUCCUACGAAAAAGCCGAAUUCUUAUCAUGGACGAAGCCACUGCAUCUGUUGAUUUCGAAACAGACGCAACACUACAGGCCGUUAUUGCCACAGCAUUUUCGGAUAAAACAGUUCUAACAAUAGCGCAUCGCAUAUCUACCAUACUUGACUCUGAUACUGUACUGGUACUAAGUGAAGGCAGAGUUGUGGAAUAUGGUACACCACAAAAAUUGCUUAGAAAGGAUGGUGGUAUGUUUGCAUCAUUAGUGAACAAUACAGAGUGAAGACGGACAUUUGUGAUACUGGAAACAUCAAAUAAACUACACUACUUGAAGUCAUUAUCGUUAUACCGACGUACACACAGC